GGUUGUGUGAAAGGUUAGUUUAACGAGUUAAAGAAAAAAGGUAAAUAUACGUGUGUUCCAUAUUCAAAUUAAUAUAGGGCUUAAAUACAGUGUAACUUUGAGUGUUAAAGUUAAAAAAAACACGGGAAUUGAGGUUAAAUCAGAGGGAGAAAGAAAUCUUUAAAAUGUACGGUUUCGUUAAUUACGCUUUGGAACUUCUCGUUCUGAAGUCAUUUGGCGAAGAAACAUGGGAAAAAAUUAAGAAGAAAGCUGCCGUAUCAAUGGAGGGCAGCUUCCUCGUUCGUCAGAUUUACGAGGAUGAAAUAACUUACAAUCUGAUUACUGCUGCUGUUGAAAUUCUACAGACUCCCGCUGAUGCAAUCUUGGAAUCGUUCGGUAGGACUUUCUUCGAGUUCUGUCAGGACUCCGGCUAUGAUAAAAUUUUACAAGUCCUAGGAGCUAAUCCGCGUGACUUCUUACAAAACUUGGAUGGUCUCCACGACCACUUGGGCACGCUGUACCCGGGCAUGCGCUCGCCGUCGUUCCGCUGCACCGAGCGCCCGGAGGACGGCGCCCUCGUGCUGCACUACUACUCCGACAGACCUGGACUGGAGCAUAUCGUUAUCGGAAUCGUUAAAACGGUAGCCAGCAAGCUGCACAAUACGGAAGUGAAAGUCGAGAUAUUGAAGACUAAGGAGGAGUGCGACCACGUGCAGUUCCUCAUCACGGAGACCUCCACGCCGGGGCGAGUGGCCGUGCCCGAGAUUGCCGAGAUAGAAACAUUGUCGCUGGAGCCUAAAGUGAGUCCGGCGACGUUCUGCCGCGUGUUCCCAUUCCACCUGAUGUUCGACCGCUCGCUGAGCAUCGUGCAGGCAGGCCGCACCGUGUCGCGGCUGCUGCCGCGCCUCGCCGCGCCCGCCUGCAAGAUCACCGACGUCCUGGACACGGUUCGACCGCAUUUGGAGAUGACGUUCCAGAAUGUUCUCGCCCACAUUAACACCGUGUACGUCUUGAAGACUAAGCCGGAGGAAAUGAACGCAACUGACCCUCACGAAGAGAUCGCAUCCCUUCGUCUCAAGGGCCAAAUGCUGUACAUUCCAGAGACCGAUGUAAUAGUAUUCCAGUGUUAUCCCAGCGUCACCAACCUCGAUGAUUUGACUCGGCGCGGGCUGUGCAUCUCUGAUAUCCCGCUGCACGACGCGACGCGCGACCUGGUGCUGAUGUCGGAGCAGUUCGAGGCCGACUACAAACUGACGCAGAGCCUGGAGGUGCUCACCGACAAGCUGCAGCAGACCUUCCGCGAACUCGACUCCGAGAAGCAGAAGACCGACAGGCUGCUAUACUCGGUGCUGCCGAUCAGCGUGGCGACGGAGCUGCGCCACCGGCGGCCGGUGCCGGCGCGGCGCUACGACCCCGUCACGCUGCUGUUCAGCGGCAUCGUGGGCUUCGCCAACUACUGCGCCUCCAACACCGACCACAAGGGCGCCAUGAAGAUCGUGCGCAUGCUCAACGACCUCUACACCGCCUUCGACGUGCUCACAGACCCCAAGAAGAAUCCCAACGUUUAUAAGGUGGAGACGGUGGGCGACAAGUACAUGGCGGUGUCGGGUCUGCCGGAGUACCAGGUGGCGCACGCCAAGCACAUUUGCCUGCUGGCGCUGGAGAUGAUGGACUUCUCUAAGACCGUCACCGUCGACAACGAGCCCGUCGGUAUAACAAUCGGCAUCCACUCGGGGGAGGUGGUGACGGGCGUGAUCGGGCACCGCAUGCCGCGCUACUGCCUCUUCGGCAACACCGUCAACCUCACCAGCCGCUGCGAGACCACCGGCGUGCCCGGCACCAUCAACGUCAGCGAGGACACGCACAGUUGCCUGAUGGGAGAGGAUAAUUACGACGAUCAAUUCGAGCUGACUUAUCGCGGCCAUGUCUCCAUGAAGGGCAAAGCCGAGCCGAUGCAGACCUGGUUCCUGACGAGGAAGAAUUAAAUAUUCAUCUAUAGACCGACAAACCUAUUUGACCCGGUAGGCAUAUAUGAAACUAAGUUACAAUAGCUCAUAAGCACCUUUGACAAUGUUAUUAUGCUAUUAACCAAGUCGAAAUAAAACUGUCUUAUUUUAUUUUGUCUUGUGUGUCAUAAAUGUUUUCUGACAGAAACAAAACUAAUCAUUACAACACCGCCUCACCGGGCCAGAUAAAUUUGUCCCACUAUACAUUUAGCUUUCCCUUGAUGUUCAAUUUCACUGAUGUAUAAAAUACAGUAUCAAAUAUGAAUAUAUAGACUUACAAGGAGCAUAUGGCAGUCGGCAAUUUUAUGAACUAACAAUGCAAAUAUAAAAACAAAACACAAAUAUCAUUUUGAAAGCGGCAUAUUUUGACCAAAGAGGAAGCGUUAACCGUCGCCAUUUCUUUAAUUCCAAACUCCAAUUUUAAAGAAAGUGACAUGUAUUAUUUCCAAAAUUUCGAAUGAAGUUGGGAAUGUUUUGCUUACUGGUAACUUUAUAACCUAGCAGACGCCCCCUGUUAAAGUAAAAAAAUGGCAUCAUGUCCUUGUAGGUGUAGUAAUAAUAAGGCAAAGAUUUCAGUCUUUUGUUCCCUCAUAUAGAUCACUAUUUCAAUGUGAUUGUAACCAAAAAUGUAGUUUCCUAUUAAGCCUUUUAAAUAAGUAUACUAUUUUACUAUAACUUGUUUGGAAUAGCAUUAACUAAAUAUAUAGAAAGGUAGACAAAUAUCUGUGCUUGGUAUAAAUUACUUCUAACUUUGUUGA